CCGUACGGCCAGUGCGUGCCAAAGUCUGCCGUAGUCAAAGGGUUAAUUAAAUCACCAUGUUGCGGGUUUUUCGCUGUUGACAAAGAUACACUAUGGCUCGCUGCAUUUAUCUUCCUGACUGCUCAGUUCUCUGCAGAGAUUCUUGACUUUUUGUUACCGCUUAACGCCUCGCGACCUCACAAUUAUCCGUUCCAAAUAUACUAUCCCGGCGAUCAAGAGAAAUACUUCUACCUGGACGCUAUCUAUGUAUGUUUCACAAUAUUCUUAGGUUGUACUACGUUCAUUGGUACAGAAGCCGUGAGCGUGAUGUAUAUGCAACAUGUUGUCAGUUUGUUGAGAAUCGUAAGUUAUCGUAUUCAAAAAGCAAUUUCUGACUCCACAAAUGGAUCGCAGAAAUGUUUAGCGGAUAAAGGGAAAGAGGAUCUGAUCAAAGCCAUCGGUUUGCACACACGAGUGAUCAAGUUCAUUAACCUUAUGGAGAAACACUUCACGGUUUCGUACUCCUUGUUCCUUAUCUGUGGCGUCACUUCUCUUAGCGUUAAUCUAUAUUGGCUGUCACAGUUGAUGCAUGAAGUGAAUGAUCAAAUGCUUAUUUCUUCGACGAACAUUCUUGUCACCUUCAUGUACAUGUUCUGUAUGAAUUAUAUAGCACAAAACGUAAACGAUGGCAGAGACGGUAUUUUCACAGCUUUAUACAACAGCGAAUGGUACAGAACGCCAGUAUCCAUGCAAAAGUUGUUACUGUUCAUAAUGUUAAGAACACUAAAGAGUGAAACGUUCAACCUGCUGGUUGUGUUCACACCAUCACUCGAAGGUUUCGCGACUUUAGUAAAUACGUCAGUAUCCUAUUUCAUGGUGAUGUACUCCGUCCAGUGAUAUUGUUAACAAAUGAUAAUGGAUUAGCCAUCAUAGGAAGUUUGUUGAUCGAUGAAACACUUCCAUUGUUCAGCGAUGUAACACUCUUUUUAUUGCACGGUUCAAUAAACGAUUAUUUGUGAGGAAACCAGUCUGAAUUGAAUGUUAUAAAUUGGAAUUACCUCGCAAGCACUUCACCUCUUUGACACAUAUCAUUCUCGUUGUACACAUUUGCACGUUCCAACCGUACUGAGCCGACUGAGGGCUACUCGAGAAACAAUUUCACCGGACUAUACACUGAGGAUGGGUGAAGAUUCGUAGGAACAACACGUUUCACGCUUCCCCUUUGUUCGUACGUUCACGUGUGACCUAUCUUCUAAUCUUCUAAUAACUGCGAUUACGUGAUAAGAGGCGAAAAUUGAUCGACGUGUCAUCAAUUAGACAUGAACACCUCACAGUGCCAACUGUAGAUGCUACCCUUCUGACUUUCACAGGAGUGUAAGAAAUAAUUUUUCAGAGCUGUAAGAAAGGAAAUAAUUCAGUGGGUGGUUUGACAAACAAAUCGUCAAUAGCACUUCAAUCUCCGUACACGAUGGCUGAACCU